GGCAGCGACGUGUGCGCGGCGCGAGCGAGCGGUGCCAGUGGUCCCGGACAGGAGAGCGGCCACCCACCGACCCGCAGGUCAACGUCAGUCAGUCCGGGCCAUCAGCAGACUCACAGCGGCCACCUCAGCGACCAGCAGACUCGGCACUCAAUCAGGAGCCAGCUGCGGCCAGGGAGGGUCGGUACGGCGGUGCGCCCGGCCCGGCCGCGCGCAGAGGCCCCCGCUGGCCGGUGACGCCGCUCGAAGAUGAUGAGGAGCACCACGUCCACGGACGGCUACAGUUUUCGGCUGGACGCGGAUUCGUCGAGCACCUACUCGGACGCCAGCACCGCCGAGUCCAUCUACAAGCGGCGCAUCGACUCGCUGUUCCGCGACUCGCGCGCCGCCAGCUCGGCCACCGGCAGCUCAGACGCGGCGGCCGCCAGCAACAGCGACUACGAGGUGAUGGAGCUGGCGCCCGAGGGCCGCAGCCAGCAGUUCCAUGAGGUACGCAGCGCCGUCCAGGCACAGAUCGAGAAGAUGUUCGCCGGUAACGCGGCGCAGCAGAAGCCGGCCGUGCAGCGCGAGCCGGCCCGGGCGCCGGAGCCGCAGCAGCAGACAGACGAGCCGGUGACGCGGCGGCCGGCCGCGGGCGAGCCGAGGUCAGAGCCCACGCGGCCGGCCGCGGCCAGCGGCGCGCGCUUCAAAGUGGACUACCUGGGCGCGCUGGCGAUCGAGGACCGCGCCACCCGCCUGGAGGACCUGCAGUUCCCGCUGAAGCGGCUCUACAUGGAGUACCGGGUGCAGCAGAAGCGCGGCAAGACGCCGCUGCCCGGCAGUCUGGAGAUCACCGACACAGGCGUCAAGGUGCAGUACGUGCGCGAGCUGCACCGCGGCGUCCAGGAGGUCUUCAACCCGUUCCAGACCAUCGCCGUCUGGGCGGCCGUCAAGUUCGUGGCCAAGCGGCAGACGUCGCCGUCCGGCCAGCCGGAGCUCAAGUUCGCCUUCCUGCCGCUCAUCUGCGACCCCGAGAGCCAGGAUAAGUUCACGCUGUACAACGAGCUGGCACCCGAGCUGGCGGCCGAGGCCCUCGGCGUCAGCCACCCGCCCGUGUUCGCCUGCGUAAUGCGCAAGCCGGGCCUCGUCAAGACGCUCGAGUGCCACGGUUUCGUGUGCGGCGCGCCCGAGGACGCCAUCGUGAUAGCGGCCAACCUGUACCAGGCGCUGCUGUCGAGCAUGCGUUCGGAGCCGGCGGCCGGCUCGCCGCGACUGGACACCUCGAACGGCAGCAACUCGAGCGUGGACACGGGCGCGGAGGAGGCGGACCGCGGCCGCGUCUCGGCAGGCCGCGGCUCGUCGAUCCGCUCACCGAGCCGCAGCCGCAGCCGGGCGCGCAACAGCCACGGCUCGUCGGAGCACAGCAGCCGCAGCUCGUCGGAGCGCGGCCGCAGCGUCAGCCGGGCGGCCAGCACGCGGCGCAGCCGGCGCCUGACGCGCUCCGCCUCCGACCGGCACGGCAUGCAGCUGGAGACAACCACCAGCUCCGGCGGCGGCCCCGGCCGGCUGCCGCGCAGCCGCAGCUUCGCCGAGAUUAACGGCCGGGUGGACAUCAAGCAGCUGCUGGCGCACAUCCAGGCGCGCGACGGUAUCCGGACGGUGGACGACGUGCUGCGCCAGGUGGUCAACCCGGGCGGCAUGUCGUUCAGCGACCUGCGGCCCGAGCACCGCGAGCUGCUGCUCCGGCUGGCGCUCACCCUCAGCAAGGACGAGAUGUACCAGCGCAGCAAGCACAUCAUGAAGAAGCAGACCAAGAAGCUGUCCUCGGUGGGCGAGAGCGACACGGACGGCAGCACCAUCAGCAGCGUGCUCAAGGCCACCAAAAAGUCCUUCUCGCGCUUCAGCUCGCGCUCGGGCAGCUUCCAGUCGCCGUCCACCUACCUCCGCGAGCACACGCCACUCAAGAAGCUCUACAACGCGCGCGGGGCUCCGGAAAAGAAGGCGGCGCUGGCGCGUGCGGAGAACGAGCGAGCCAUCGUCAGCGCGGACUCGCGGUCGGGCGUGUCGCGCCUCUCGGCACCCUCCUCGGGCUCGGGCUCACAGCCACGCGCCGUGCCCAAGACGCCGAUGCCGUUGCGCGCGCACCGCGUGCCGCCGCCGUCCGAGUCGCCGUGUGACUGCGGCUGCGACUCCGAGUCGGUCUACUCCAGCAAGUGUUACUGCACGCUGCCGCGCGCCGGCAGCCGCCUCACCAAGGCCAAGUCCACCUACGACCUGCCGUGCGCCUGUGACACAGAGAGCUGCGCAGAAAGCGAAAAGUGCUACUGCUCGCUGAAGCGCGUCAGCAAGAGCGGCCUCAAGGUGUACCAGAUCAAGCUGGACUCGGAGAGCGAGACGACCGACGGCAGCGCGCGCUCGACGCUGGGCCGCGGCCGGCGGCGCGAGUACGGCUCCAUGGGCAACCUCUCCCGCGCCGACUCGCCGUCCACUGCGUGGCGGAAGAACGCGGCCGCGUCCCUGCACAGCGCCGACUCGGCGCCGCUGCGCCGCGGCCGCAGCUCCACCUCGCUGCUCACCAGCUCCACGGGCGUGAUGCGCGACAAGGGCGGCGGCACCGAGUACGGCGAGGACGCGCAGCUGGCGCGCCGGCGCAGCCGCAGCCUGGCGCUCAGUCUCGACAGCGACGGCAGCGCGCCGCGGCCGCCGCCCGCCGCGCGGCCCGACCGCAAGAGCGUCAGCAUCGACAACCUGCACCAGUCGGCCAACGGCUUCAUCUUCAACAGGAUGAACUCGGCAUCGUCGCUCUCGACGACGUCGAACCGUUCGCGGAGCAGCGUCGGCUCGGGCGGCCGCUUCCUGCUCGUCUCGGCGGCCGACCCCUCCGGCAAGAUCGUCUACCGCGGCGCGUCGCAGCGGCAGGCGGCGCGCGACGGCGCCGACGCCAUCUCCAUGAAGAAGACCACCGAGAUCGCGGCCACGUUCUCCGGUCUGAAGCUGAACCAGACGACCGACCUGCUGGGCACAGAGAGCGAGGACGACGCCUACAGCAGCAUGCAGAAUGUCAGCGGCUCCAGCACGAGCCGCUCGCGGCACGGCUACUCGGACCAGAACAUGGAGACCUCGCUGGGCUACCUGCCCUGA